GGAUUAAAAGCAUUGCCCUCGCAGCAGAUGUAAGCAAACCCGAGGAUGUGCAAAGGAUUGUGGAUACAAUUGUAGCUCGCUGGGGCACGGUUCACAUCGCAUGCAACAAUGCGGGAAUCAAUAUGAACUCUGCGAGCGAAGAUACUUCCCUAGAAGAAUGGGACAAAACUUUUAAUGUUAAUUUACGAGGAUUAUUUUUGUGCUGCCAAGCUGCAGGCCGCAUUAUGCUGAAUCAAGGAUAUGGGAAGAUAAUUAACACAGCAUCUAUGGCAAGUUUAAUAGUCCCACACCCACAGAAGCAGUUGGCGUACAACACCUCGAAAGCCGGGGUCGUAAAAUUAACACAGACAUUAGGAACCGAGUGGAUUGAGAGAGGAGUAAAAGUCAACUGCAUUUCCCCGGGCAUUGUGGACACGCCGCUCAUCCGCUCCAAGGACCUGCGGCCGCUGGUGCGGCGCUGGCUGGCGGACAUCCCCGCCGGCAGGCUGGCCCAGGCCACCGACCUGCAGGCUGCCGUCGUCUAUUUGGCCUCCGAAGCCUCCGACUACAUGACGGGCCCUAAUCUGGUCAUCGAGGGCGGAAUUUGUGCCUUUGAACCCCUCCAGCAGCUGAGCACCGUGCGGGUGGAUCUGGGGCUGUCUGCAAGGCCCGUGACUGUAGCUGUGCUUUGCACUCCUGGACCACGGCAGGUGCUGAUGGAGGCUGCGGGUGUGAGUGUGCACAGCCGGUCUGGGACCCCGGCUCCGCAGUCCCCUUCCCAUGUCACCGAUCCGAGGCAGGUCUCCCUGCGUGGGCUCACCAGGAAUCUGGGCACGAACCUCUAA